CUGCCAGCCCCAGAAUGUUGACUAUUGCUCUCCUAGCCCUCCUUUGUGCCUCAGCCUCUGUCAAUGCCAUCCAGGCUCGGUCCUCCUCCUACAAUGGUGAGUACGGAGGUGGUGGAGGAGAGCGAUUCUCCCAUUCUGGCAACCAACUAGAUGGCCCCAUCACCGCCCUACGUGUCCGUGUCAACAGAUACUACAUUGUAGGCCUCCAGGUGCGCUACGGCAAGGUAUGGAGCGACUAUGUGGGUGGCAGCUCAGGCGACCUGGAGGAGAUCUUUCUGCAUCCUGGGGAAUCAGUGAUCCAGGUGUCCGGCAAGUACAAGUACUACCUGAGGAAGCUGGUCUUCGUGACUGACAAAGGCCGCUACCUGCCUUUUGGGAAAGACACAGGCACAAGCUUCAAUGCUGUACCUUUGUACCCCAACACCGUGCUACGAUUCAUCAGUGGCCGAUCUGGCGCCCUCAUCAAUGCCAUUGGUCUGCACUGGGAUGUCUACCCCAGUGAUUGCAGCAGCUGCUGA